GAUAAUUAUCGGUAAAUUUGGCACCACUUUCGCACGCCAAGAUCUUAACAGAUUACCAAAUACGUUCAUUUUUGCUUUUGCGCUAUCCCACGAACCAUUUCUUUUAAGAGACCAUGGUUACAAACAAGCUGUAUGAUUGAUGAAUCGAACCACUAAGCCGCACAUGUAUGAAAUGAGAUAGCAAGAAUUCGCGUGGUAUUUAUCGACUAAUCUAUUCGAGGACGUUGCCAAGACAAGGAACAGCGUUAAAACAAGACUUUAGAAACGGUCUAAGGGAAACUGUGUGUCAUCUGUGGAACCGUUUGAGAAAUUUAAAGAGUCCACUAAACAGCGACGUUUCCUGUUGGAUUUUAUUUCAGUUCGGCAAAACGUUCAAACUUGCCUUCUUCCCUGAAGACAACGGAAAAGAUUCGAAAGGCCUCGUUUUCAGCUUAGUUCAAAGAGGCAUCAGCUUGUUUUUUUCAUGAUGAUUUGCGAUCGAUGAAAGGACUUCGAUUGAACUGAUAUGAAAAGUAAGUAGGGCUUUGGUAAGAAUUAUUUGGAAUCGAUUUUAACGAUUAGAACUGAAGAACUUCCGCUCGGAGAACUCGGACAGUGAAGAAUGUCAAACCGGACGAUCACGCGUAAAGGGGACCUGUCCAUCUUUAAUAGAGAUCCUCCCUCGUGCUUCUCUAAUCGUGUGGCAAGAGUUCGCCGUUGUAAUAGCUUGGAAGACAGACGACUGCAGGACCAACUUCGAUCGAUACACUUAGAACACGUGAUAAGAAAUCGCAACAUCUUCAAAGAACAGCAAACACUGGUAAAGCAAUUGAAUGGUAUUCAAACAGUGCGGGAAACACCGCAAAUAGGACUAGAAAGGCGGAGGUUACAACAGGUCAGUCCCGUGUAUCCCAAUUUAGCACAGCGAAGCGGAAACUCGACUAAAUUAGUCCAUGAACGGGCUAAUUCCGCCCAGCCACCUUCGGUAAGAAGCCAUUCACCGUCCCUUGCUACGCAGUGCAGUGCCGUCACGCCAUUCCCCAGUCCAGAUUGCAGGUGUAGUUACACAGGACACCGUAUGCGUCGGUCUCAUACUUUAACAACAAGUCCGCAUGAAACGUUCAAAAGAUCAGCCACAGUUCCUUUAUUCACAUCGUUCGGCGAAUUAAGAGAAAAUUCGGGUCCGAGUUCAAUGCAUUUAACAGACUUCAAGGAAGACCACGAUGAAUUAGCAAACCCGUUAGCAGCGAGGACACAUAUCAGGUUGAAAUCCUGUCGGUUGCCAAUUAUUGGCAAUAAAUAGCGAAAUCUAAUCCCUUCAUCUUUGAUAAUAUUAUAGUCUUCUGUUUCCAAAUUUACCAGUCACCAUUGUAGCCGAAAACCUGUGACAAAAGCACUCGGCAGGAGUCAAAGCUGUGAGACAUCUGUUCCCGUGCAAUUUCUAACAACAACAGCUUUAUGUAUGUCUUAUUCCUUUGAAUAAGCCUCCGUGUACAAGUCUUGUAUUGCUGUUGCUUCAUAAGUGUGGGAAGCAUUAACACGCAGGCUAUAAAAGCCAUAACCUCUUUGAAGCCACAGGAAAUAGCCAUUGAACCACUGGUUGUUUGCCUUCAUUUUACACACAUAGCAAACCCUCUUGGGGAUUUGAUGGCACCACAGAAAUUAAUGAUAAACUGGCCCCAGCUAAGGCCAUCAAAAAAUGGAUGCCACUUGGGUGUUAAUUACAUAUCAUUCUAGCCACUGAAAGAUGGAUAUAAAACUGUUAGCAUGUAUAUAAAAUGAUUUAUCAAUGAAGACUGAGACCUCGAGGUUCCACAGAAGCUGCUCAAAUAGAGAAGUUUUAACUUUUUAGAAAAUUAUGCAUGUAUACAUAUAUCUAAAAAUUGGAAUAAAAUAUUUUGAUAUGCUGCAAAAUUACUGCAGACCUACAAAAGUUACUUACUUAACCAUCAUUCCAAUGAAGCAAAUUGUAAGACCGAAAGCCCUCUACACAAACGAAGAUUGUUAGGUUAUCAAUGUUACAACUUCUCUACAUAAAGAACAACUGAGAGAUGAGGUAGCCUUAUGAUUAGUGUACUGGACUCAGGGUCGAGUGUUAGGGUAGGUGACCUGGCCAGAUGAAACACUCUACUCUCACAGCGCCUAUCUCCACCCAGGAGCAUAAAUGGGUACUGGCAAAUUGCUAGGGAAGCCUGAUGAAAUGCUAGAGGGUAACCUCAUGAUAGACCAGCAUCCUAUCCAGGGGGAGUACUGAUAGUUCUAGCCACUUCAUGCUCAGGAA